AUGGCAACUGCAGAGCCAGUGACCGUCCCCCAGACGGGGCUUUCAUCGCCCAGUCUCCAACCACUGGAGCUUUCUUUCCCACUUCCUAAAGCUUUGCAUACCACAGCACAUGUUCAUUUGACCUUUUUGGGAAACUGCACGACAGUUUUUCUGACAACUUCCACGCCUGGUGACUCAGCAGGCUCCUAUAAGCCACUGGGAAGCUUUGUGUAUGCGAUGCCGGAUCGAACAUCUUCAAAACAAACAAUAUCCACCACUAUUUACACAUCACCUUCAAGUAUCGAGUACGCUACCCGAGUAGCCAAAAUUCUUGCCCGGCGCACUGGCAAGCCAAUCUACGUUGGCUGUAGCAUCGACCCCAACGGGCUUGGAUUGGCUGUCGAGGAGGAGAUGGAGGGUCUCUCGAAGAUCGUGAAUGUUAUUACUGAGAAAUUUGACUUGCAGCAACAUCAACAACAACAAUAA